UUGCUGUACUAUGCCUGCAGUCUCUGGUCAUCUCCUGUACUAUGUCUGCAGUCUCUGGUCAUCUCCUGUAGUAUGUCUGCAGUCUCUGUUCAUCUCCUGUUUAUGUCUGCAGUCUCUGGACAUCUCCUGUACUAUGUCUGCAGUCUCUGGACAUCUCCUGUACUAUGUCUGCAGUCUCUGGUCAUCUCCUGUACUAUGUCCACAGUCUCUGGUCAUCUCCUGCACUAUGUCUGCAGUCUCUGGUCAUCUCCUGUAGUAUGUUUGCAGUCUCUGGUCAUCUCCUGUAGUAUGUUUGCAGUCUCUGGUCAU